AUACCGUGAACAAAAUGUUGCUCAGUUCGUGCAGAGUUCAAUCUUCACAGAUUGCAUUUCUCGCACGAAACCUAUCAACAAGUGGCAUUCUGCAGGAGCAUCAUAAAUGCAAACUGUUGGUGGUCGGCGGUGGAGCCGGCGGAUGUUCCGUGGCGGCGAAAGCAUCCAACAAAUUGGGAGCCGGAAAAGUGAUCGUACUGGAACCGGCCGAUAAACACUACUACCAGCCCAUGUUCACACUGAUCGGCGGUGGCAUUAAGAAGCUCGAGGACAGUUUCCGGCCGAUGAAAGAGGUCCUGCCAGCGCUAGCGACCUGGUUGCAGGAUUCGGCAGCAAAAUUCGACCCCGAAACGAAUACCGUCCUCACGAAGGGUGGCAAUAAGAUCGAGUACGAGUAUCUGCUGGUCGCUGUCGGUUUGCAGCUGAACUACGACCAAAUCCCCGGCCUGGUUGAGGCGCUUUCGAUUCCAAACGGAAAGGUGUGCUCGAACUAUUCGCCGAAAUACGUGGACCGCACUUUUGUAGCACUGAAAAACUUCCGCUCCGGCAAUGCCCUGUUUACAUUCCCCAACAGCCCAGUGAAGUGUCCCGGUGCGCCCCAGAAGGUGCUGUACAUUGCGGAGCACUAUUUGCGGAAGUCCAAGAAGCGUAAAAAUGCGAACUUGUUCUACAACACCUCGCUCCCGGUUCUGUUUGGCGUGAAACAUUAUGCCGAUGCGCUCUGGAAAAUAGUGAAGAAGCGGAAUAUCAACGUGAACCUUCGGACGAACCUGGUGGAAGUGAAACCGUCAACCGACGAAGCGGUGUUCGAAAACUUGGACAAUCCGACCGAAAGAUUCACCGUCAAUUACGAGUUUCUGCACGUCACACCACCGAUGGGUGCCCCCGACGUGUUGAAGGCUUGCAAAAGCCUGGUUAAUGAAGUUGGCUUCGUAGACGUGAACAAGGAUACACUGCAGCACCAGAGAUAUGGCAACGUGUUUGCCAUCGGUGACUGUUCGUCCUCUCCGAAUUCUAAAACGGCCGCCUCGGUCGCGGCCCAAUCGCAAGUGGUGUACAAAAACUUAAUGGCUGUGAUGGAUGGCAAAUCACCGAACCGGGUAUUCGAUGGAUAUGCGUCCUGUCCCCUGGUCACGGGAUACAACACGUGCGUGCUGGCAGAGUUUGACUACUCGCUGACACCCUUGGAGACGUUCCCGGUCGAUCAAAGUAAGGAACGAUUCUCGAUGUACUUGAUGAAGAAGGACUUUAUGCCGGCACUCUAUUGGCACCUGCUGCUGAACGGCCUAUGGAAUGGCCCUGGCCUUAUGAGGAAGCUGAUGCAUAUGCGUUUGUAGGGAAUUUAGGACCUGCUUUCUUCCCGGAUUCGAACUGUGGUGGUAAUGUAUACCGAUUGUUAUGUUUUAUCGUAUAAAGUCCAUUUAUUUUUCGCUGGAGUAAUAAUAUUAAAAUAAAUUCUCUAAGCCUUAAAACAAAUGAGCUU